CUCUGCCGAACAGCUGUUGUGACAUAACCUGCCUUUCAUACUUCAAUCAAGAAAUGCUGCGCAGACUAUUGCCCACGGUGCGCUUAGCGUUGCAGCUGCCAAAGCCGACAGUAACCAUAAUUAGACAAAGCAGCUACAGUGUUUAUGAGCCUGAUUAUCUGGAGUCACUAAAGCCGAAAUACCCGCAAUAUGAGAGCCUCAAUGUGCAGAUAAAGGGCUACGAUUAUCCGCUGCUCGAAAGCUAUCAGCGUUUUCUGCACAGCGUAGCGGAAUAUCUCGAUUUGGAUGUCUCAGAUUGUUAUGCGCUGCCGCCGCAGCAGACGCAAGUGCAGCGAUUACGGCCCAACUCGACGGUUAUCGAAUCCGAUUACAAGCUGACAACCUAUGAACGCAAUCUGCAGCUGUGCAAUGUGGAUGCACCAGUUUAUCCACAAUUUCUGCGCAUUGCUCAGGCAGCGCUGCCGGAGGGCGUUCAUCUGACUGUGGCGGAGCACACGGAUGAAUGUGAGGAGCGUCGCUAUGUGCCCGAUAAGGAUCUGCUCGAUCUCAAGGCGGAACUGGAACGCAUGGGCGGUGCCACGCCUACGAAAAAGAAAUAGGCGCAUACUGUUUUUGUUUUUGAUUUUGGCAUAUGUUCAAAUAUUAAAAUCUAGUUUAAAUCUGCAUAAAGUUUAAAGAAAGCAAGAAA